UGAUAUUAGCAAUAACGCAGGUAGAUUUUCGACUGCUUGCCAAAUAUGGAUUAGGCAGGACAGACCACGAGGCGAGACCUCUUCAGUUUGGUGUGGCGCGAAACCAUGGCGACCACUACCUGGGUAUCUCGAACUUUGGUUCAAAGCGGUGUGAUAGAUCAUGUGGUUCCUGGGCACUUCCUGCCCCAGCGGCCAGGGGUCCAGCAGAUGCCGCAAGUCGUCGUCUCGCACGCGGGCUGCAGCCUCGAACUGCUGGCGGUCGCGCCGUCGGGAGCUGCUGCAAGCAUCAGUGUCCAGCCGAUACCGGCAGGCGAGGUGGUGGCGGACAUGCGGGCCCUGCGGGACUCUGGCGGCAACACUGACGCCAGCAGCGCUCGGGUCGGCGCUGCAGCCAGCCCCGCCGGCGCCGCUGCCGCUGCCGCUGCCGCCCCCGCUGACCAGCUGGCGGUGCUGUGGGGCAGCGGCCGCCUGGCGGUGAUGGUCUACGACCACGCGUGCAGCAGGUUCGUGGCGGUGCAGGAGGUAGCGCUGUGCCGGCCGGGCACCCAGCCGCGCCACACGCCGCGGCUGCUUGCCGUGUCGCCCUCGGGGCGGCAUGGGCUGGCGGCGGCGGCGCUGCAGGACCGCGUCAUGUUCCUGCCGCCGCGCCGCCAGCUGGUGGCAGCAGCGGCAGCAGCAUCAACAACAGCGGCGGCGGCGGUGGCGGCAGUGCCGCGUGUAGGGACAGCCGCAGCUGCGGCCCCUGCCGCGGCGGACGCCGCCGCGGCAACGCAGGCGGCAGCAGCCCUAGGGGCGCCCGCCCCGGCUGCGGCGGGCAGGGAGGGCCAGGACCCGGAUGGAGGCGAUGAUGGGGGCGGCGAGGGCGAGGGUGGCAGCCCCCUGCUGGCCGAUGCGCCAGUGCACUACCACCACUGGGUCACGCGGGGCCGCGGCGGCAGGCAGCCGGUGAUGACGGCGGGGCCGGUGCCGGGCGCGGCGCCGCGGGACCUGCGUCGUGCGGUGGCUGACGCCCUGGCCGCGUUCCAACCGCGUGUGGGCGAGGUCGAGCACCGCCCGCCGCCGCCGCCGGGGCCGGUUGCGGCCGACGCUGAGGCCGCGGCCGAGGCCGGGGCUGGGCCGGCGGGGGAGGUCGCUGGGGUGGUGGCGGCAGUGGCAAGGCUUGCCGCCGCUGCGGCGGGCGACGCGCCUGACCGCGCGCAGGCUGUAGAGGGCGAGGCGGUGGCUGUCGCGGCGGCCGCGGGCGUGGACGCGGUCAUGGAGCGUGUGGCGCCGCUUGCGGCUGGGGAGGAGGCGGCGCCGCCGCCCCCGCCACCUGCGCCGGUUGCGCCCCCUGCGCCAGCCGCACCGCUGCCACAGCUUGCAGGCGCCGCGCCGGGGCCUGGCAGCGGGCCGGCGGCCGGCGCCCUGGCCUCGCCGCCUCCUGCCGCCUCACAGGCGGCGCCGACGGCGGCGGCAGUGGACGCGGAGGCCCUCGACCUGCUGCUGCUGCCGGGGUGCGGCGCCAUCUGGGACUUGGCGCUGCUGGAGUGGGAGGGCGAGUGCGAGGCGACCGGUGGCGCUGCAGGCGCGGUGGGCGGCAGCGGCAGCGGUAGCGGCAGCGGUAGCCGCAGGGGCAGUGGCGUUGGCGGCGUGGUGCGGAUUGCGGUGCUUGCACACAGGUCCAGCACUGACUGCGGCGAGCUGCUGCUGCUGCACUGGAGCCGCGCGCACGCCGCACUGCUGUGCUCCCUGGUGGUGCGGCUGGACGGCGGCGGCGGCGGCGUGGAGCGAGGGCCCGGAGGCGCGGCAGCGGCGAAGCGGGAGCACGAGCGGGACCGGGAGCGGGAGCAGGGGGAGGAGCGGGAGGGGGAGGGGGAGCGGGAGCGGUCCGGGUGGGCUGGGCGCCGUGGCCGUGCCGGCGCAGACUCCGGCGGCCCGCCACCGCUUGGCACGGCGCACCUACUGCGAGUCACGCCGCACGGGGAGCAGCCAGCAGGGGGCCUGGUGGUGCUGGGCACCCACGGCGCGCUGUACGUGCAGGCGGGGCUGCUGCACGCCCUCAGCGCCGCGGCGCCGGCGCACCCGCACCAGCACACGGCGGCCCCAGGGGCGGCAGUAGCAGGGGCAGGAGCGGCGGCAGCAGAGGCGCCCUCCGGAGCAGCCCCCCUGCUUGCACACCAGCAGUCCCACCACCGCCCGCAGUCGCACCCGCUAGGCUCGGCGGCUGGCGCUGCCGACGUCAGUGGCGGCGCAUCACCGGCACGGGCCGCCGCCGCAGAUGCCGCCGCUGCGGUCGCUGCCGCAAAGCCGACCCCGCCGCCGCCGCCAAGACAGGCGCCCGAGCUGUUUCUUGCAGACCUGUUGCGGACGCGGCACCGGCGCAGCAGCAGCGUGCCGGCUGUAGCAGCGGGAGGGCCGGGGGCAGCGGGAUCGUCAGGAGCAGGCACGAGCAGCCGGGAGGCCUGCGCACCAUGCCUUCCUGUGGCAGCUGCAGCCGCAGCUACGGCUGCCGCGGCGGCCGCAGCCACAGAGCUUCAAAUCGAGCCGCCAUCCACCGCUGCUGGCCGCGGCUGGUCCUUCCUGCGCUUCGCCCGCACCCGCAACCUCGCGCCGGCGUCCCCGUUUGCGGCCGCCGCCGCCGCUCUGGGCAUGUCGCUGUUCGCAGCUACAGCCGCCGCGAAGGCUGCUGCCGCUGCUACAGCCCGUGCUGCUGUCACUGGCACCGGCGGCGCGGCUGCAGCCGCUGCAGGCGGCGGCCCUGGGGCCACGGAAACGGGUGACGCGGGUGACACAAAUGCCGACGCAGUGGCGACGACGGCCGUGGCUGGUCGGUCGAGUGGUGUGGCGGCGCUGCUUCAUCGAUACGGCUACGUAAGCGCCAGUGGUGAUGUUGGCGCCGCCGGCGCAGACCGUGGUGGCGAUCAGCGCGGCGACGGACUGGAUGGCGACAGGGCAUCGUGGGCAGCGGGCGGGGACUCAAUGGAGGAAGGGAAGGGGCGGCAGCAGGCGGGCGGCUCCAUCCGGGACCGACCCAAGAGCACGCAGGAAAUGAUUGUCGGACUGCGCGCCGCAAUUCAGAAGGCCGCCGCCGCCGCCCGCGUGGGCGCCCGUGGCAGGCCCGAGGACGUGGAUGCGGCCAUGCGGGUUGUGGUCGGGCCCAUGGUGGUGAAGAUUAGCGUUGGGAGGAAGGAGCCGAAGCCGCUGAGACAGGCCGCGCCGGUGCUAGGUGUGGAGCGCAUGCCGCUGCCGGAGCCGACCCAGCCCGGACACAUCCUGGCCGCCGCGGCCUGGCUGCAGCCCGCCGCAUUGCCCGUGCCCGCGCCGGCGCCAACUGCCGCCGCAAAUGGCGGCCCGGCCGCAGUCACCACAGCCGGCGCGUCAGCGUCAGCCGGCCGCGUCAGCGUCAGCCGCCUGCUGCUGUGCUCCGCGACCGGCGGCGUGCUGUGCCUCACAGUCGCGGCCUCUCAGCAGCCCGAGCACCAAGCCCUGCAGGGCGGCGCCGCCACCGGCUCCGCCACUGCCACCAGGGCGCCUGCCGCCACCGCCACCUCGGCAUCCUUGGCGGCACCCGCCCCCGCAAGUGACGGCGGCGUCGGCGGCGUGGGAGUUGAGGGAAUGGAGGUGGACGAGGGGGCGGCGGACAGUGUCACUGCACAGCACGACAACACCGGGGCCGCCGUCGUGUCGGCGGCGCAGCUGGAGGCGGCUAUGCGGGGCCUGGCGCUGGUGCGGCUCGGCGCUCUGCCGUGUGCGCUGCUGGGAGACGCCGCCGGCGAGGCCACCGCCAUCGCAGCUGCAACCGCGUCCGCGCAGCGGCGCCGCCGGGAGGACCCGGGGUCGAGCGGUGGUGACGAGGAGGGGUUUGUGGAGGGGCAGCCGGGGCUGCGGGUGCCGCGGGCGCUUGCAGAGCUCACGUCGCUGACCGGGACAGCAGAAGCCGGCGGCGCCGCCAACAGCAAUGGCAGUAGCUGUGGCACGGGCCCGGAUGGUGGCGGCAGUAGCCGCGGUGGCACGGGCUUGCUGGUGUGGGCGGAGGAGGGUGGGGACGUGUUGUUUCUGCGCCACCGCCUCCUGCCACAGCCGCAGCAGCUGCUGCAAUGGCUUGCGGACGGCGAGCAGGCGGCGUGGCGGCGCCCACGGCCUUACCGCAGCCAAGCAGCCGCCGCCGCUGGUUGCGCUGCCGACGCCGCGGGCGCCCCCAGGUCUCCAUCGUUCUCCUGGGCCGCACGCGGAGCCAGGCCUGCCGGUCAGGGCGGUGCAGCGGCGGCGGCAGGAGCGGCCGGCAGCCGCCUGCGGUUGCUGCCCGGCGCGGCAGAGCUUGCAGCUGCGCCGGCGGCGGCAAGCUCGCUGGCUGCGGCUGCGGCGGUGCUUAUGGGCAUGGACGUGGGGCCGCCGCCGCCGCCGGCACCGCUGCCGCUGCCGCAUGGUGGGAAAAGUGGUGGCGGGCCGCAGCCUGCUGCAGAUGCGGCCGGACACGGCGACGCUGGGCAGGGCGUGUCCGCGGCCCCCGCGCGUGCGCAACCCGCCGCCGGCCCGACGGCAGCACUGGCGCAGGCCAAGCCGCAUCCGAAGUCGCGCCGGAGCCCCCAGGCGCAAGUGCGGGCGCCGGCGCAUGCGCCAGCCCCCAUGUGCUGGGCACUGAAGUUCCGCUUGGCGGGCCGGGUGCCUCAGCCACGGCCGGUGGUAGACUUUGUGGUGUCCGAGGCGCAGGCGGCACAGGCGCACGGCAGCCGGCCACUGCAGGUGACCGGGGCGGUGCUGGAGCUGCCGUCGGCCGGGGAGGGCGGCAGCGCGCACAGCGUGUUCGCGCCGGCGUCGCCGCCCACCCGCCGCAGUCUGGCCGACGGCCUGGCGGGCGCCGGCAGUGUAUCGUGGGGCGCGCCAACACACAGUGCAGCGGCGGCGGCGGCGCAGCAGCAGCUGCCGGCGCUCUCCUGGGAGCCGCCUCUGGAGGUGCUGCGCGGCGGGCAGAGCGUGAUGGUGCCGGUGGUGGGGCGGGUGCCCAGCCCCGGCGCCACACCCACAGGCAUGUGGUCCGUCCCGGUGUCGGUCGGGCCGCACAGUCGCGCCGCAGCCGCAGCCGGCCCGGCCGUGCGCCUGGCGGCGUCCGCAGUCUUGGCGCCUGUCGUGCCGGCGCCGCCGGCCGGUUCGCUAGUGGUUCUGUCCUUCUUGUCGGGGUCUCGAGCCCUGGCGUCGGCACCUGGCGCCGCCAUUGCUGGCGCCGCCACCGCUGUGGACGGCGGCGGCGGCGGAUGGGGCGAGCUGCGCGACGUGACAGAGGGCCUGCAGCUGCGCCACUGGGAGCCCACCGUGGCGGCGGGGCUGCUGGCGGAGGGAGUGCUGGCGCAGGUCACGCCGUCGGGUGUGCUGCUGUCAUCACUGGAGCUCCUUGCAACCCCGAGCGCAGCCGCCAACACCGCAGCAGCUGCUGGAUUGCUCAGCGCAGACGCAGGACCGUCGGCACCUGACACCGUGGCAGCAGCCGGCGGCGCUGGUGCGCGCCCCUCGACCUCCCAGACGCAUUCGCAGACGCACUCGCAGGCGCACUCCCACCACUCCCAUUCGCACACCUCCUACAGCCAGCCCCGCAGCACUUGGCCCAGCCCCAAGAGUAGCCGCUUCGAGGAGCAGGCGGCGGUGGCGGCAGCGCCGCUGCAGGCGCAGCUGGCGGCGGGGCUGGGCGCUGGCGGCGGCGGUGCCGGUGCCGGUGCUGGUGUUGGCACUGGUGCUGGAGGCGUGGGACCGGGCGCCCAUGACGCGCCUGGCACUCCCAUGUCGGUUGGCCAGGCUGCCUCAAUGUUCCUGCCAACGUCUGCUGGCAGCAUUGGUGCGAAUGAUUGGCAGCAGGUGCAGGGGGCUGCGGGCUCUGCUGGCGCCGCCGGAGCGCCGGCCGCCGCCGGCCGCGGGCGGAUCUCCGCCAGUGGCUUCAGCACAGAUGUGCCGCCAGCCGACGGCGGCGGUGGCGGCGGCGCGCGCGCCGCCGCCGCCGCCGCCGCUGGGGCCUCAGCGAUGGUGCGUGCCGCCAGCACGCAAGCUUUCAGCAAGGUCGGCGCAAGCAAUGAUGACGGUCUUGAUGGCGGUGGUGGGGAGGAGGCGGAGGCGGAGACCCGCUUGGGACUGGGGCUGGCUCUAGGUGAUGUGGAUGACUCGUUGCUGUCUGGCGGCGGCGGCGGCGGCGACAUGGCGGCUCAGCGGUCGGCGGCUGGCACCCCGGCGCCCGUGAUGAUGCAGACGACCGCGGACACGCCCGGGCCGGAGGCUGACAUGGAGGUGAGCAUGAUGGGGCCAGCCGGCGCCAUGACGCAAACCGGCGGCGCCGCUGCCGUCAGCAGUGGUGGCGGCUGGGGCUGCCAUCCUGGGGCUGCCGUCCGCCGAGUCGGCCACGUGCUCUCAACCGACGCGCUGCAGACGGCCGCCGGCUCUGAGCCCCUGUCUAUCGAGGCCCUGGCUGUGGAGGCAGUGGAGGAGGUGGAGCUGCCGUACGCCGGCGGCGCCGCCUGGUGGAGUGCUGGCGGCGGCGGCGGCGGCGGCGGCGGCGGUCGUGAGGUGGGUUUGGCGGCGGUGGCGCCGGGCUGCGUGGCGCUGAUGCGGCAGCAGCAGCGCUGCAUCACCGUGCUGGGCGUGCUGGGCCGGCAUCAGCUGCAGCAGCGCAGGGCGGAGGCGGCAGCCGCCGCUGCUACUGCUGCAUCCGCAGGGCAGGCGCCAGGGGCAGGGACCGCAGCCGGCCUGGUGCGGAGCCUGAGCAACGGCAGCAGCCGCGACGGCGGCGGCGACGUCGAUGGCGGCGGCUUGCGAGGCGGCAGCAGCCGCAAGCGGCCCCGCGGGGGCUUGGUGCUGGUGGAGCUGGGCAGUCUGCCGCCCCUGGAGCACGAGCCGUCCUGCAUGGCCCUGCGCCAGCUGCCGCCGGCCUGGGUGCCGCCGCCGCCGCGACGCAGCGCAUCCCGCCGCAGCCUGGCAGCUGCCGUGGCAGCCGCCUCCGCUGCCGCUGCGGCCGCCGCCGCAGCGCCAUCGCUGUCGGCGCAGGCCGUGCCAGCCACGGGCGGCGGCCUGGCUGGCGGCUCUGCUCCGCCCAGCCUGCCGCCGCUGCCGCCACGCAUGGGCUCCAGCGGCAGCGGCGGCAUGGGGGCGGCCGGCCAGGGCGCCGGCAUCUCCGGCCGGCUGCAGGUCGCGCCGGCCAACGCCAGCUCUAACGUCGCGCCUGCGGCGGCGGCGUGGCGCUACCAGCUGCUUGUGGGCGACCACGCACCCAGCAUACAGCUCUUCCUCCUGCAGGGCCCCACAGGCGGUGGAGGUGGCGGCGGCGGCGGCGGCGCGCUGCUGACGGUGACGCACCUGGCCGCCAUCAGCACCGCACCGCCGCCCAGCCUGCCGCUGCCCCGCACCCCGGCGGGGCCGCCGCCGGCGCCCGUGCCGGAGUCCGUCCUCUUCCUGUCGCCGGAGCCAGCCGGAGCCGCGGCUGCGGCCGCCGCGGCCGCGGGGACUGUGGUGUCGACGCCGAGAGCGGGCUCGAGGAAGGCAUUGUCUGGCUCUGGCGCCGGCGGCGCAGGCAGUAGCGCUGUUGUUGCCUCUGCGGCUGGCGGCGGUGCAAGGGCGGGCAGGGGCAGGCGGCUGCGGCACGCAGCGGGCGAGCCUUCGGGCGCAGCGCUGUCGUCGUCGGCCGUGGUGUCGGCAGCUGCAGCCGAGGCGGACGCAGCGGCCGAGCUGACGGUGUGCUUGGUCGGGCUGCGCAGCGGUGGAGUUGCGGCUUUCAGCUAUGGCCCGCCGCCCGCACCGACGGCACAGUUAGCGCCCCGGGCGCAGGUGCAGCAGGGCCAGGCCACAGGUGAUGCAGGCGGGUGCGGCGGCGGUGGGUCGGCGAUGGACGUGGAGGUGGACGGCGGCGGCACUGAGGCGACUGCAGGGCCCAGUGAAUAUGUGCUGUGCCGCCUGUGGCACACACAGCUGGAGCAGGUGCCGCUGAGGCUGGUGGCGCUGGCGCCGCAGCGGCCCUGGCAGGCGCUGGCCGUGGGCACCUCGCUGCACGCCGUGUCGGUGGCGCAGCCCUCCGGCCGCCUCACCACACGGCAGCUGCUGCCGCCGGGCGGCACCUGGGGCGACCACGGCGCCAGCGCCGGCGGCGCCGGAGCUGUGCCGCCUGCUGCGGCCGCGGUCGAGGCGGUGGCAGCGGUGCCUCUCUUCUGUCCGCUUCCUGCCGCUGCUGUGCGGAGUCGCAAGGCCGGCGGCAGCCGCCGCGCCAGGAGCCCUCAACCCCAGCGCCCGCCGCCCGGUGUUGGGUCAGGUCCAGGCACGGACCCGGCCACUGCCACUGCCGCUGCCGCCGCUGCUGCUGCCCCCAACGCCCCCGGCCCUUCUGCCACCGCCGCUGCCGCGUCAGAGCUGACGUUGGUGGCGCUCACGGACGGCUCCUGGCGGCUGCUGUCGCUGCAGUUCCUUAGCCGCGCCGGCCGCCAGUGGCAGAGCGUGGCGGGGCUGGGGCCCGCGGGCCGCCAUGCGCUGCCGCCGCCGCCCGGCACCUGGCCAAUAGGCCGGCCGCAGCGCGUGCUGCGCGUGCCGCCGCUGGAGCAGCCGCCGCUGCCACCGUCAGUCCCGGCGGCGUCGACGCAAGCAGGGGCUGCGGGCGCGUCGCCGCUGGCAUCUCGGCCGCGGAGUGCGGCUGUGGGGAGGUCACGGGCACCGACUGCGUCGGGUGAGGCCGCCGCAGCCACGGCCGAAGACAGUGGCGCAGGGCCCAGCGGCUCGCAGGCCCCAGGCGUUGCCGCUGCGGCGGACGCGGCCGCUGACACAGCUAUGGAUGGCAGUGGCCCAGGCCCCGGAGGUAGCCGCGUCGUGCCCGCGCUCUCAGCCGCCGCAGCUGCAACUGCUGCCAUCUCCACAGCCGCUACCACACCGCCAUCCAGCACCAGCAGCUACAUCGUGCUGCUCGCGGAGGACCCAGCGGCGCCGCCGCGGCCGCCGCCGACCGCCGCCGCCGACGCGCCCGCCUGGGCGGCGGCGCCGCGCGUGACGGGCGCCGAAUGGCUGCAUGUGCUUGACGCCGCCAGCGGCCGCCAGCUGCUGAGCUACGACAUCGCCACAGCUACGGGCGGCUUCCUGGCAACGUGCGUGGAGGCGUGGCAGGUGGGGCCCGAGGCGGGCGUUCAGCCCGCCGCCGCCCCCAAUGGCGCCGCCGCGGCGGCGGCCGCCGCCGCCGCCGGCGACGCGCGGCGGCGCAGCGGCAGUGGCCAUGGCCUGCAGGGGCUGCUGGGGCCAUGGGACGGGGAGGCCGGCGGAGGUGCCGCGGCCGCGGGAUUCGGCGAGUGGGCGUUCGAGGCGCAAGCCGGGGAAGAGGCGCGCGGUGCUGCAGCCGGGGCUGUGGGAGCGGGUGCGGGCGCACAGGCGCGCGAGCAGGACGCCUUUCGCGCGCACCUGGCCAUCCUGCGGCGCUUGGCGGCGGCUCAGGAGGAUGAAGAGGACGAGGAUGUCAUUGGUGCGGGCGACGCCGCCGGAGCCGCUGGACCCGCUGGAGCCGCAGGGCACCGGGACCGGAACCGGAACCGGGGCGGACAGCAGGAGUGGGGCGAUGCAAUGGACGCAGACGUGUGGGACGUGGACAUGCCGGACGGUGACGCGGCGGCAGGCGCGGCGGGCGCGGCGGGUGCAGGGGAAGGUGACGUGGAGGCGGGCAUGGCACUGGGCGCCUGGCGUCGCAGGCUCCAAGACCAUUUCGGCGGCGCAGCACAGCAACAGCAACAGCAGCAACAGCAACAGCAGCAGCAGCAACAGCCGCCGCGGCGGAUACGGGUGCCUGAAGCAGACCUGGCUGGGGCGGCGGAGGCGGCUGCCGCGGCGGAGGCGGGCGCGCAUGCUGGCGGCGCUGCCGCCGGUGCCGCGGCGGCAGCAGGUGGCAGGCAGGAGCCCGCGGCAGCUGGCGAGGCGGCGGCAGGGGUUGAGGACGAGGCCGCGGCGGGCGAACAGGAUGCGGCGUUCCGGGCUGCGGAGGAGGCCUUGGAGGCGGCGGAGGCGGCGGCGCUAGAGGCGGGCGCGGAGCUGGUUGCGUUCCGCCAGCGACUGGAUGAGGCGGUGGCGCAGCUGGACGUGCGGCGGGCGGAGGCGCGGCAGGCGGCGGAGGCGGCGGAGGCGCUGCGGGGUCUGCCGCAGGGCGGCCUGGCGGAGCAGGUGGUGGAGGCGGCGGAGGCGGCGCGGCAGGACGUGGCGGCGCAGGAGGGGCGCCUGGGGGCCCUGGAGGCGAUGCUGGAGGAGCGCUUCCGAGCGCUGCAGGCGGCGGAGGUCGGCGCGGCGGCGGGCCGCCGGCGGCUGCUGCGGGUGCUGCUCCACGAAGCGCGUGACGAGGUGCAGGAGGUGGUGGUGGCGGCCGCCGCUGCCGCGGCCGCCGCCGACAGACGGCGGCGCCGCCUGGUAGAGCUCGAGGAGCAGCUGCUCAGAGGCGCCGCCGCCGCCGCCGCAGCAGGGGCCGCCGCAGGGGCCGCAGAUCCGGCCGGCGCGGCUGGGAAUGGAAGGGAUGCCGACGCCAAUGAGGACGCGGAUGCGGACGCCGCUGCUGCUGGCGCUGCCGCCGGCGACGGUGGCGCCAGGCAGGAUGCGGUCGUGUUGCUGCGGCUUUUGGAGGAGCUGCGGCAUCAGUUUGGCGGGCUACCACAGGGGCUCAGGCUACCGCCGCCGCCGCCGCGGAUGCGGGGGCGGCUAGGCGCAUUGGAGGCAGCCGAGAUGGCAGCCGCGGCAGGCGCGGCGGGCCUGCCCGCCGGACCGGCUGCCCGUGGCACGGCAGCGGCUACUGUGCCGCCGCUGCCGCCACCGGUACCGCGCGGGGAGCCGGCGACGCUGCUGGCGGUGGGCGUGGGCAGCCAGAUGGGAGGCGAGGUGAUGCUGCUGCGCCUGCUGCCGCCGGCGCUGCCACCGUCCCCGCCGGCGCCGGGCCUUGCCCCCGAUACUGAAGGCGACGACGGCGACGAUGACGGCGCGGACAUCAAGGGCACGGCGCGUGCUGGCGCGAGUGCUGACGCUGACAUGUCGGACGCUGCAGACGAGCGGGCGCCAGGGUGGCAGCAGCCGCUCACGCCGCACCCGCCCCUGGCUGUCCAUGCGCAGCAGCCCCGGCAAGGCCUGCAGCAACAGGAUGCGGAUGCGCAGCCAUCGGCGCCGCGCCUGGUUGUGGCCUUUCGGCUACUGCUGCCCAAGCCAGUGGCGGCGGUGUGCCCCUUCGGCAGCCAGAACCUGGUGGUAGCCGCCGGCCGCCGCCUGUUGUUCUUCCGCCUACGCGGGGGCCGCCUGCACCGCACCGGCUGGCACGCCACACGCAACACCGCCACCGCCCUCGCCGCCUGCCCCGCCCGCCGCCUGCUGGCCGUGACCGACGGCGCCACGGGCGUUGUGCUGUACAGCGCCAUCCUGGCGAAAGCGGGUCGCGGCGGUGGCGGCGGCACUGGCGGCGCUGGUGGUGCCGGUGGCGGCGCGAGGCUUGGGCCCAUCAUUGCGCUGCGGCUGGUCGCGGCGGACGCGGUGCCUCGUCCCAUCACGAGUUUGGUGCUGCUGCCGGCGCCGGGCGCCGGUGCUGCGGCAGUGGGGUGCACCACCCCCGCCAGCGCGCAGCAGCUGCUGCUGGAGCAGGAGCAGGAGCGGCACGUGCUGCAGCAGCGCGAGCGGCGGCGGCGGCGGCGGCGGCGGCUGGGGCUCGGGCUGGACGGCGGCCGUGCCGACGGCCGCGCGGCCCACGGCGAUGCGGGAGGCAUGGACAUGGAUGUAGACAUGGACGUGGAGCCGGAGGUGGAGCUGGAGGAUGGCGGGAUGGAGGGUGCGGGCGGGCGGCGCGGCCGCGGGGCGGCGCAGCGUCUUGACGCGUCCGACUCAGAGGGAGAUGACGAGGAGGAGGAGGUCCGCCGCGACGUGCGGGAGGGGCCGGGCGCCGGCCGAGGGGAGGCGGAGGGCGCCGAGGAUGGCGUGCGCGAGGACGGAGACCGCGAGCGCGACGGGGAAGGCGGGCCGCGGGGGCCGCGGCACGCAGCUGCGGGCGCUGCCGGAGGCAGCGCCGAUGACGAGGCAGGUGAUGGGGCUGCUGACCGGCCUGCGGGCGUCGCGGUGGACGACCCGUCUCGCAUGCCGGUGGUCGCGGCGACGGACACGUGCGGCCGGCUGCUGCUGCUGGCGCCGGAGCCCGCCUCCGCCACGCCGUGUCGCAACCUGGUGCCCGUGGCGGCGGUUCAGAGCGGCGACGUGGGGCUGCGGCUGCGGGCGCACGUGGCCGAGCCGCCACCUGGGUGCGGCGCUGCAGGCUCCACCGCCACUGCGCCGCCUGCCUCGCUGGUGCUUGCUGGCCUGAGCGGCGCCGUGCAGCAGCUGCGGCCCUGCCCCGACGCCGCCGUGCCACUCAUGGCCCUGGUGGAGCGGGCGCUGGCAGCGCACACUGCAGCAGCUACUGCCAACGCCGCCGCCGCCAGCCGCAACAGCACUACAGCCGCCGCCGCCGGUGGCAGUGCUGCUGCCGCCGCGGAUGACGCCGUCGGCUCCGACGCGUGGUGGCAGUGGUGGUGCCCGCCCGGCGCCCACCCCAGCGGCGUGCUCAACGGCGACUCCCUCACCGCACUGCUGGACCUGCCGCCGCGGCAGCGGGCAGCUGCGCUGGCCCGGGCCCCGCGCCGCGCGCUGCGGGCUGCGCUGCGAGCCGCCACUUCGGACAGGGGUCUUGACGGCUACCUGGAAGCCCUGGCCGCGGAGGAAGCGCGGCAGGAGGAGGAGGGCGCCGCCCGCGACGGCAGCGCCAGCGGCGCGCCCGCCCGCACCUCCUCCGCAGCAGCGCCGGGCUUGGAGCCGUCUGGACUGACGACCUCUGUCUCGGAUCAUCAGCAUCAGCAACAGCAGCCUCAACCGCAGCCGCAGGCACAACAGCAGCUGGAGACGGCGUCAUUGCCAGCACCCGCUAGCUCCCAAUCGCUCGAGUCCGGGGAUGUGGAUAUGGCGGAUUCAAGUGCCGGCGACGCCACGCCGAGCGCACGCGAGGGCGGCGCUGCCGGCAUCUCUGCGGCGGCUUCGCGCGCGCCAUCUGUUGGACUGCCACAUAUGGACUGGGGCGGUGUUGCAGAGGAUACGGGUGGCGACGGCGGAUCGGAUGGUGGCAAGGGGCCCGGAAGUGAUCUGCAGGAUCUGCAGCGGCGUGAGGCGCAGCUGGCUGGGCGGCGCCCGGCUGAGCAGAGCCAGCAGGACGAGGACGAAGAGGAGGUUCCAGAAGGGGCACAGCUGCCACCAGACGUUGUAGAUUCAAUCAUCCAGGUGCUGCAAGAUGUGCUUGGGUGAAAGACGAGGGUGCCGGGGUUGGCACGGUGGCUGGUGGCCGCAUGGCAUUUACAGGUUUUGCAUUGUUGGAGCUCCGCUAGCCUCUAGGGCUUGCUGUACUAUGUUUUCCUUUACA